AUGGAAAAUACUCGGGUGUUUGUCAGUGGGCUUCCGCCCACUUGCUCAAAUGAUCAGCUUCGCAGUCAUUUUGCAACGCGCUUUCAAGUGACAGAUGCCCAUGUCUUGCCUAAACGCCGCAUGGGUUUCGUCGGCUUCAAAAGCCAUGAGACAGCUCAAGAAGCCGUGAAAUAUUUUAACCGGACCUUCUUGAAGAUGUCUAAGAUCACGGUAGAUAUUGCUCGACCGAUUGAUUCCAAGCCUAGUCAUCCGACACGACGUGAUGCAGACAACUCUGCGGAGGGUGCACUCAAGCGGAAGAGGGACAAUGAAAAGGCACAGGACCCCAAGCUGAAGGAGUAUAUGUCUUUGAUGCAGACGGGCAAGACCCGGACAUGGGCAAAUGAUGAUACCAUGGCAGCCCCAGCCGCGGAUUCCGCCCCGGUCAUUAACCAACUUCCCAAAGACACUAGUGUGGCGGAGGAAGUGCCUUCCCAGCCCAAGAAAGCCCGGAUCGAAGAGCCCCUGCCUGUUGCUACUCCCGAGGAACCUGAACCGAUGGUCAUCGACCAGAGUGAAGAGGACGGGACUGAGGAGACACCAGCACAGGAGGAGCAAGGUGAAGAAGAGGCUGCCCCUGCAUCCGACAUGGACUGGCUGCGGUCGAAGACAAGCCGUCUGUUAGGCCUUCUGGACGAGGAUGAGCAGGCCGAGUUUGAAGAGCGAAAGGUCGACAAGCCGGUCGAGUCUCGGAGUUCCCCCAAGGAUGAAUCUCGUAGUGCAGCCAUUGAGAAGAUCACCUCUGAGCCUUCGCCCCAGCCCGAGACUAAUGUUGAUGAGCCAGUCGAUGAGCCAGCAGAAGAGGAGGAAGCAACUGAAAUUACACCAGAGCAGGCAAGAAAUAUUGAGCUCAUCCGUGAUUCUGCUCGGUUGUUCUUGAGAAAUCUUUCCUACGACUUGAAGGAGGAGGAUCUUCACCCUCUAUUUUCGCCGUUUGGCAAAACUGAAGAGAUUCAUGUGGCUUUUGACACUCGUACUGAGACCAGCAAGGGGUUUGCCUACGUGCAGUAUCAUGAUGCUGAUGCUGCUGUUGAGGCAUAUAAGACCCUUGAUGGAAAGCAUUACCAGGGUCGCCUGCUUCAUAUUCUUCCGGCUGCCGCCAAGAAGAGUUACAAAAUUGACGAGUAUGAGUUGUCCAAGCUUCCCUUGAAGAAGCAAAAGCAGAUCAAGCGUAAAAUGGAGUCCGGUUCCUCAUCAUUCAGCUGGAAUUCCCUUUACAUGAAUACUGAUGCUGUAAUGUCAUCCGUGGCUGAAAGACUUGGCGUUUCCAAAGCAGAGCUUUUGGAUCCCACCUCCUCUGAAGCCGCUGUCAAGCAAGCACAUGCUGAGACGCAUGUGAUUCAAGAGACCAAGGCUUACUUUGCCUCGAACGGAGUAAACAUUGAUGCCUUCAAAGAGCGUGAAAGAGGUAACACAGCUAUCUUGGUGAAAAACUUUUCGUAUGGUGUCAAGUCUAGUGAUCUCAGAUCGUUGUUCGAGCCUUAUGGCACGAUCAUCCGACUCCUGAUGCCCCCUAGUGGUACUAUUGCGAUUGUCGAGUUUGGAAGGCCUGAUGAAGCGCAGAAGGCCUUCAAGGGUCUCGCUUACCGCAAGGUGGGAGAGUCGAUCUUGUUCUUGGAAAAGGCUCCAAAGAACUUGUUUGAUGGCACUGCUAGUCCCCAAGUUGCCGCUCCAGAGGUGCGUGGAAAGGGUCAGGGAUUCUCUACCUCGGACACCUUUGCCGCGGACGAGGUUGAGGGAAAUACCGUCACAUCAACUCUCUUCAUCAAGAACCUGAGCUUCACAACCACCAACGAGGGAUUCUUGCAGGUUUUCCGGCCUUUGGAAGGGUUUGUCACUGGACGCAUCAAGACCAAGCCAGACCCCAAGAAGCCUGGACAGACACUCAGCAUGGGUUUUGGUUUUGCAGAGUUCAGAACCAAGGACCAAGCCCAAGCGGCACUUGUUGCCAUGGAUGGCUACAAGUUGGAUGGACACGAACUUGUCAUCCGCGCCUCCCACAAGGGCCACGAUGCUGCGGAGGAGCGGAGACGGGAAGACACAGCCAAGAAGAUCGCGGCGAGGCGGACCAAGAUCAUCAUCAAGAACUUGCCGUUCCAGGCCACGAAGAAAGAGAUUCGUUCUCUCUUUGGUGCGUACGGUCAAUUGCGUUCCGUCCGUGUUCCUCAAAAAUUCGAUCGUUCAGCUCGCGGUUUUGGUUUCGCGGAUUUCAUCAGUGCUCGCGAGGCGGAAAAUGCCAUGGAUGCUUUGAAAAACACGCAUUUGCUGGGCCGCCGCUUGGUGCUGGAAUUUGCAAACGCGGAGGCUAUCGAUGCCGAGGAAGAGAUCGCAAAGAUAGAGAAGAAGAUGGGAGAGCAAGUAGACAGGGUCAAGAUCCAACAGCUUACGGGCGCAGGACGAAAAAAGUUCACUGUAGGGGCCCAGGAGAACGACGAAGCAUGA